CGAAGAGCAUCCUAAUUCGUUGCUUGGCCCACGGGCGGCAAACUGCGCGAGUGAUACUAGAGAGAGGAGUUAUGGAGAGUGUUGAAGAUGCAGAGAGGAGGGCGGGUGGCCCUGUCUCCUCCCUGUCAUCGCCAUCGCCAUCGCCAUCGCCAUCGCCAUCGCCAUCGUCAGGGGAAGCGCUUCUGUCGCGGGAGAUGCAAGAGGUCUCUCUGCUACCGUAUGAGAGAAGAGGAAGAAGGGCAUUUUUUACCCUGGAGGCGGACGACUUGGCGCGCUUAUGCGCUAGGGAGAAGCUUACGACAGAAGAGGCUUUGAGGAAAUUAAUGAUCUUGGCGCGCAGUCGUGCCCGUGCGCCGAUCUCCGACUUCCUCGUAGGCGCUGUCGGGAUCGGGAUCAGCGGACGGGCGUUCGUGGGCGUCAAUUUGGAAUUCCCCGGCAUGCCGUUGCACCACACCGUGCACGCGGAACAAUUUGUUGUCGUCAACGCUUUUCAACACGGCGAGAGAGGACUGCGCCUGAUCGCGGUCUCCGCCGCUCCGUGCGGUCAUUGCCGCCAAUUCCUGUCGGAGCUGCGCGACGCGGGGCAGUCGCUAGACAUCUUGAUUGUCCCACUUUGUCCUCCUCCUCCUCCUCCUCCUCCUUCUGAACAAGAGGGAGAAGCAGAAGAAGAAGUACAGCAUGAAAAGCAGAUGCAGAAAGCAGGAGGAGGAGGAGGAGACAGAGGAGGAGACAGAGGAGGAGGGGAGUGGUGGUCCAGGCAGCCGUUGUCUCGGCUUUUCCCGAGCGCCUUUGUACCGCGGGAUUUGCUGCCUGAUGGUAUCCCGUUGAUGCUCGAGAGUCGGGACAAUCGUCUUGAAAUCGUUGAUGACCUUCGGUCUGAACAAGCUUCUUCCAAGCUUGAUGGCGACGACGAUCGCCAUAGCUGCACCUUGCCGGCUAUGGAGAAUGCCGACGUGGCAGUGGUGGGGGGGACUGAGGACGGCCCGGUGUCUGCUCCCGAUCCCGAUACUCAACGGGUUCUAGAUGCUGCGCUGUCAGCGGCGAACGUGUCUUAUGCGCCGUACAGCCGAUGUCCGUCGGGAUUGGGAUUGAUGACACGUGGGGGGCGGAUCUUCGCUGGCGCGUACAUGGAGUCGGCCGCGUAUAACCCUAGUCUCUCGCCUCUGCAGGCAGCGUUGAUUGGUUUCGUCGCCGGGAACAGAGUCGGUCGGGAUCGCGGCGGCGAUUAUCGACCCCGAUCGGCGAAGAAUGCUUUGGAUAUGGAGGCUGAAGGAAGAGGGGAGGAGUGUCUGCUAGUAGAGGGGGAGGAAGAAGAAGAAGAAGAAGAAGAAGAAGAAGAAGAAGAGGACUUAGACAUAGCGUGUGCUGUGCUCGUCGAAAAGAGCGGGAAACAUGGAAAGGAGCCACUUGUCCGUCAAUUAGAGACGACUCGGAUGGCUUUGAGACGUAUCGCUCCUAAGGCCACGUUGCACUGUUACCGCGUAAUUGAAAGAGAUGGAUGAUUGGUCGACGUGUUAAGGAGAUGGCUGAUUGAAUGCCCUGUCAUCUAAUCAAGGGAACGUCGUUGGAUGACGUGUCGAGGGGAAGCGUGAGUGUCGUGGGAUGACGUGUCAAGGGGAUGUGCGAGUGUCGUGGGGUGACGUGUCAAGGGGAUGUGCGAGUGUCGUUGGACCACGUGUCAACGGGACGUGAUUGUAUGACGUGUCGGGAUGCUGCUGGCUGACGUGGCGCGGGGAUGUGAUUGGAGGCGGUGUCCGGGGGGAUGUCGUUGGAUGAUGUGUCACGGGUAUGGUGAAGUAAGCCCGCGCGUCAGUUCAAGCACGUGAUUGGAUGACGUGUCACCGGGAUGUGAUUGGAUGAUGUGUCACCGGGAUGUGAUUGGAUAAUGUGUCACGGGCGGGGGUGCGGGGAUCUGAUUGGACGACAUGUGAAGGGGAUGUGAUUGAAUGACGUGUCGAGGGAAUGUGUCAAGGGGAUAUGACUGGAUGACGUGGUCUCCCGUGGGAUGUGAUUGGAUGUGUCGUGAUGGGAAUGUGAUUGGAUGACGUGUCACCGGGAUGUGAUUGGAUAACGUGUCGCGGGGGGGGGGGGAAUCUGAUUGGAUGACAUGUCAAGGGGAUGUGAGUGAAUGACGUGUCGAGGGAAUGUGAUUAGAUGACGUGUCAAGGGGAUAUGAUUGGAUGACGUGGUCUCCCGUGUGAUGUGAUUGCAUGUGUCAUGAUGGGAAUGUGAUUGGAUGACGUGUCACCGUGAUAACGAAAUACUGUAAGUGGGAACAAUUCUGGAUUGGAUGACGUGGCAAGAGGCUGUGCGUGGAUGACGUGGCAAGGAGGCUGUGCGUGGAUGACGUGGCAAGGAGGCUGUGAGUGGAUGACGUGGCGAGGAGGCUGUGAGUGGAUGACUUGUAAAGGACAAAUGACUGGACGAUG